GAUCUAUUACAUGCACGGGGAAUUUGUGUGUGUAGAUAUAUAUUUCAAAAGAGAUAUGCUGAUAUCCAUAAAAGUUAAGUAUAUAUGAAAUCAUCUCUGUUUAAUUGCCAUUUAUUAUGUUCGAUACCUCUCUAUCUUCUUUCACUUCAAUGCAAAAAUACUCAUCUUAUUUAUUUCUUUAACAUAGCAAAAUACCUGAAACAAACCAUGAUUUAUUAACAUUAGUAUCUUUCUUUUUGUUCUCUUGUGUUUUACAAGAAAAAAAAUAGUCCAUCUUUCCGAUCUUUACAGAAUUAAGCAACAAUUUGUAAAGCAGUCAAUUUCUGUUCCAAGCCAUGAUUUCACUGCAACAGUUGGAGAAAGAAGCAAAACCAAUUCAAACUUACUACAAAUCAGCGACAUAUUCAAAACAAGAAGUUAGCUACCCUGAACGAGAUAUCCCCACCGACGCAACCUUUCAUUAUAAAGAACUUGCUGCUAAGAAACAUAGUGAGGCUGAACGGAGAAGACGACUUCGAAUCAAUGGCCAGUAUGCCACUCUUCGGACCAUCUUACCCAACUUAGUCAAAACGGACAAGGCAUCCGUGCUAGAAGAGACGAUUAAAAGCGUGAGGGAGCUGCAGAAGACGGUCAAAGAAUUAAAAACAGUGGGUCGAGAUCGCCACAAAUGUGAAUUCCCCAAUGAGGUGAAUGAGUUGAACUUAAGCUACUCUAAUGGCGAUGGAGGGUUGGUAAAAGUCACGUUGAGUUGCGAGGAUAAACCGGGAUUAUUGUCAGACAUAGGGAGAGCGCUAAGGUCAGUGAAAGCAAAGGUGUUGAAGGUUGAGAUGGCGACAGUGGGUGGAAGAAUCAAAUGUGAAUUGUUGAUCCAAGGAUUUAAAGGAAAUGAAGGCAUGGUAAUGCUAAAGAGGGCCUUAAAAAUAGUCAUAGAUAAGCCAAGUUUGCCAGGAAAUUAUGGUAAGAAGAUUUGUUUCUAUAAGUGA